AAAAUUCAUAAAAAUCAAAAAUUCAAAACCGAAUCAAAUGUUUUUUAAUAGUUUUUUUAGUAUCAUUUUUGCUACAAAGUCCAAGAGCGAAAGUAGAAGAUUGGUGCUAUUUCAUCAUUUUCCAUCGUACAUGAUUUCUGAGUGAUCUGGUGCUAUGUUCAUCAACCUAUUUCACAAUAAGAUUUUAAUUAUUCAAUGGAAAAAAUGGAAACUAUAAGCUUGCAAGAAUCACAAUUUCAGCGUAUCAUCUGUAACAUUAAAAACACUGAUAUAAUAUUGGAUGAAAAUGUUACUCUUCUAUGCAGUCGUCUUUCCUCUGAACUAAUUGAAACCAAAAGUACUGAAUGGAUUUUAGUAUCCACCAAAACAGAAGUCGAAAAUUUCUUUUACCGGCAAGUUGUUGCAGAUUGCGAUAUUACAUGUAACCAUUGUCUCAUACUUACCAAUACCAAUUUAUUCAAUUUAAAUGUUUGUUCUCCAUCUGAAGUGAAGCCAGCUUUGAAUUGCGAUUUGUUGAUUCGCAGCGCAUUCCAAUUCGAGCCUAAAUUCGCUACUGAAAUGAAAAUUGCCAUGAUCGAUUCGUAUCAUAAAGUUGAUUAUUCAAUAGUUGACGAUUGUUUGAAAAAUUAUUUUAUGAAAUCAAGAUAUCUUCAUAUCGGCGACCUGAUUUGCGUAAAUGUCUGUCAAAUACUUCCAGACGCAGCUUAUAAUGAUGCUAGAAACGUGGAUGAUUUCUUAUACUUCAAAGUUGAGGAUUUGAAAGGAUGUCCGUAUCCCACUUACGAACCUGGAGUCAACUACGGUUAUUAUGUCAGUGUUAAAUGUACUACGCUUCACCAAGUAAAUACCACUCAAUGUUUCGUCCCGAUGUGUGAUAAAACAAUUCCUCAUGAUUUCGAAUUGUCCAACUUCAAAGAUGAAAUAUGUUCCUUGAUUCCUGAUGGAAUGAAUUCGAUAUAUAAUGAAUUAGAAGAUUUGACUUUACCUUUUUUGCUAAUGAAAAAAGAAGAUGUGAAACUAUUUCCUGUAUUUUUAUUCAGUGGAAAAAGCGGAUCAGGUAAAUCCACACUGCUGAAAGUCUUGGCUAAAAAACAAGGAAUUCAUUACUGGUCAGAAAAUUGCAUAUCAAUUCAGAAUAGUAAUCCAGCUCAAACCGAAUCUAUGAUGAAUAAUAUUUUCACCAAAAUCGCUAGUUUGUCGCCGUGCAUUCUACAUUUUCGAAAUGUAGAGGCACUUUGCGAAGAUGAAUCGAGCAAUAAAGACGACCGCACUAUUGACUGUUUUAUUAAAAAUAUUAAGUCAUUUCAGUCGAGCUACCCCGUCAUAAUAUUUUGUACAAGUUCUCAAGAAUCUAAACUAGUUCCAUCCUUACAACGUGUAUUCUUACAAACCGUAAAAAUAGAAAAAUUAAGUCAUACUCAAAGACUUUCACUGCUGAAUUGGAUUUUAAAAAAAGAGAAUAUUGAAACUGAAAAUUUGGAUAAAGUGGUUUCUGCUUCAUCGAAUUUCGUGUUCUCUGAUUUAAUUCAAUUGAUUUCCAGAGCAAUAAGUAUUGCAUAUCGAAAUUUCAUUUGUUCCAAUCAGGAAUUCAUCGAUCAUAAAAGGGAUAUUCUUCGUUCAGAUCAUUUCUUCGAAGCACUGAAUGAAAUGAAUGAAACUUACGCUGAUGCUAUUGGUGCUCCUGAUGUUCCGAAUGUUUCCUGGGAUGAUAUCGGCGGUUUGUCUCAUUUAAAAGAAGAAAUAUUGUCAUCACUUUUGAAACCUAUUCUGCGCAAUGGUUUACGCCGUUCUGGAUUAUUACUGUAUGGUCCUCCCGGAACUGGCAAAACUUUACUAGCCAAAGCUGUUGCUACUGAAUGCAAUUACAACUUUCUAUCGGUAAAAGGACCAGAGUUGUUGAACAUGUACGUUGGACAAAGUGAAAAAAAUAUUCGAGAAGUGUUUUCAAGAGCUCGCGAAUCAGCUCCUUGCGUGGUAUUCUUUGAUGAAUUAGAUUCUUUGGCUCCAAGAAGAGGCCAGAGUGGUGGUUCUGGAAGUGUCAUGGACAGGGUGGUAUCUCAAUUAUUGGCUGAAAUGGAUGGAAUUCAAAAAAGCCAGAAUAUUUUCAUACUAGCUGCUACUAACAGACCAGAUCUCAUUGAUUCGGCUUUACUUCGACCUGGAAGAUUGGAUAAAAUGUUAUUUGUUGGGAAAUGCAAAGAUACGGAAAGUAAAUUAGCUGUUUUGAAAGCUUUGACAAGAAAAUUUAAAUUCACCUCCGAAGUCAAAUUGGAAGAAAUAAUUCUAUUAUUGUCAGAUUCGAGUGAAUUAACUGGAGCUGAUUUAUACGGUAUUUGCUCAAAUGCCUGGUUGAGUGCAGCUCGUCGUCGCAUAAAAUAUUCGCAAACCAGUGAUGAUACGAAUUUAGAAAAUGAUGUAUCCGUCUGCAGCGACGAUUUGAUCAAAGCUAUUUCGCAGUUCAAAGUUGAAGAUUUGAACUCAGAUUAAUUAUUUGUUAGUAUUUUUUAAAACUACUACGAGUUUUUUGUUUUGUGGUACCUAUGGCGAAAUUAAUAAAUGAAUUCGAUUUGUUGAAAUAAACAGACUAUAUUUUUUCGAAUAUUAACAAAAUUUUGCUUGUUCAACAUCUUAAAACAUUAGCUUUGUAAUCUUACUUUUCGUUUUUACUCCUAAACUUCGGCGUUUAAAAUGAUAUACUCAACUACUCGUAACGACCGCAUCACGUAAAUGAAUUACCCAUGUUAAAAUACCUAUUUUAAAUUUAAAUUUCUUUUUGGAAUA